AUGCGAUCGUCUGUCCUCUCUUUUUGCCUACUGACUACCCUCGCUCUCAUCCCUUCGAUUACUGCUGCCGUUGUUCGUACAAUAACUAAAAGAGUUACCUCACUAGAAGAAUUAGUUGAAGGUGCCGCUAAUGGAGCUGCGCAUCCACAAAGUUGUAGACAGCUUAAUGAAGAAGAAAAUGAUACAAGUAACGAAUACUUGAAUUGUGCUACCGAUUUUGCCUUAGCGACCAGUACCCAAGUUUCUAAAGUUGUCGAUGGAGUUACUCAACAGCUGCUAACCCCACCAGAGCUAGGAGCCUAA